AUGUCUAAGUCUAUCUAUCUGGGGGCAGAUGGACAGCUGGCGGUGCAGGACGUCACCGAAAGCUAUAAGCCUACUGAUUCGCAAGCAUUGGUUCAGGUGAAAUACUCGGGCGUCAAUCUUCUUGACCAAAAAGGCUUUUACUUUGGAUUGCAUUCGUUCGUUACCGGCUACGAAUUUUCGGGCACAGUGUCCGAGUCCGGUCCACUUUCGCCCUUCAAGCCCGGCGAUGCCAUCUUCGGCAUGAGCAAGGCUGGCCCUGGGAGGACGUCAUGCUUCGGCGCUCAUCAAGACGUUCUCAUUGCGGAAGCCCGGACCUCCUUUCGACUCCCACACACUCUCGACUUCAAGGACGCUGCGGUGCUGAGCCUGUCUGCACACACCGCAGUUGACGGGUUAUUCAACUGCCUAGCCUACGGUUUCCCGGCUGCCAAGGUGAGGGGCGCAGAUGCAAACGGCCAGCCAAUUCUCAUCUGGGGGGGAGGCAGCAGCGUUGGGAUAGCUGUCAUCCAGAUCGCACAGGCUGCGGGUUUCGGUCCUGUUUUUGCGACGGCAUCUCCCAAGAACCACAAGAUUCUAAAGAGCCUUGGCGUCACUGAGUGUUUCGACUACAAGAGCCCCACGGUGGUGGACGACAUCCGCAAGGCAGUGGCCAGCGCAGGAGUGAGGCUAGGCACUGUUUUCGACUGUGUCUCUGUGGGCGCACUCGGCCCCAAUGCGAUUGAGAACAGCUCUCCUGCCCUGGCAAGGCGCUGUUGCUCGGACGGCGUCCCCGCGGAGGAGCUCAGGCUCGUGUCUACUGGGCCGGUCCCUGCCGACCCGAAAUACGGCUUCUGCACGAGUUAUCGGCCGUACGGUGAUGCUGAUUUUGCUGGGAAUCAACAGGAUCCAGAAUGGCCAAUCCGAACACGCAGUGUGAUGGAGUACCUACUGGAAGGCGACAUCGCCCAUAUCAAGAUGCCAAACAUCACGGUUGUACAGGGGGCGGAAGCAGGCAUCCGGGAGAUUCAGCGUGUUAGCCAGGGCAACGUGAGCCUGGAAAAGGUCGCCCUUGAGCAUCCAAUGUGA